AUGAGGCAGCAUCUAUCAGCAAAUCAAGGACGCAAAAAAGUAUUUCAGAUUGAUCUAAAGCUCAUUGACUACAAAGAGUUGAUGGAACUUGCUGUCCAAGUGUAUGCGGCAUUUAAUGAACUAUACGACGUGUGGUUAUCUGCUGUGCAGAGCAUUGCUGAACUCGAUGCAUUGCCGGCAUUGCCAAAGGGAUCUAUGAACAUUGGAGGUAAGGUGUCUCGUCAUUUACUGGUAAUUAUAUCAUACAUGCGUUCUACCAGAGUAAAGUAUCUCGAUAUUAUGUAA